AUGAAAUGGAAACUACAUGAUACUAGGUUACCUACAUUACUAGGAUCAUCCGACGAAUUCGAAGCGAUGCUUAAUCAAAUUAACGUAAAAGUCGCGGAUGAUAAUCAAUGCCGAUAUGUCUGGCGACAGAUCGUACUCCAAUUGCCCGAUCAUUCUCAAUUGGCUCCUAAAUGUGCAGAUUGGCUGUUCAACUAUGCGGCUUGUCAUCCAUCAAACAAACUUGCACGUGCAAGUAGCCUUUAUGUUGCUCUUAACAUAUUUUUACUGGCUUACGGACCUAACUUCGUCAAUGAAAGAUCAGAAGACGAUGUCUGGUCGAUCCUCGAAGACAUUUCACGAAUGGUCGACGCUUAUGGUGAUCAAAGUAAGCAAUUCUCACGAUUGCACAAAAUGGCUCAUGUUUGGGGCACAGCAACUGUUCUCUAUACUCUGACGUGUAUGUCAACAUCCCCUUAUGCACAAGUAUGUGCUUGUAUAAUGCGAGCAAGUUUUGAACAUUUGAACAUUCACUUCAAUUCAUCAGGCAUCGAAUCACUUGUUUUACUUGCUCAAACACAUGCUCAUGAUUUUUUUACCUUAAUGCUUAAUGAUCCAGGUGUUAGAAUUCGCUAUUUCUCUCCGUGUAAGUCUUACUUUCGAAACUAUAUUGAUAAAAAUGGUUCAAUCUCCUUUUCACGAGCAGUUGUCCACGAGUUUGUCAUUCUUCUGUUCAACAACGAUGCUACCUACACAAAUGAAAGACUUGAUCAUCAAUGA